CAGUCCUCCAAUCGUUCUGGAGAACACUUCCAAUGUUCACACUGCAGGUACUAAUACCCAAACUGACCCAGCUCUGAGUCCUCCUGCUGCUCAUGGCACAGAGCAUCUGGAGACCAACACGUCGCACGAGCUGGAAGAGCAGGAUCCCAGCCCCCCUGCCAUCACAGGCACAGAUAGCAGCGCGAGCAGCAAAGACCCCGAGGACAUCCCCACCUUUGAUGAGUGGUCGCGCAAGAUGAUGGAGGUGGAGAAUGGAAAGACUCGGUCUACUCAUACUUCUAACAAUGGGGCUCCUCCUGUGGUGAAGAAAGUCCAGAAGAACUUCAAUAACUACGCCUCAGUGGAGUGUGGAGCUAAGAUCCUUGGCUCUAACCCAGAAGCAAAGGUACUGUGUGUGUAUAAAGGAAAUAGGGUCAGCAGGAAAUCCGGUUAUGUGUCCUGAUUAAAGAACACGGAAACAUACUUUUCAAGUUAUGGUGAUUUAUAUAGGAUGUCGUUUGAACAAUGAUACAAUAAGGGAAGUAAAUGCAAGAAAUUACAAUUCAAUAAUUUUACACAACUAUGUAAAUAUAUAGAUAGAUAGAUGUAAUUACAAAGUUACAAUGAACUGGUAGCAUACUGCUCUCCAUUCGGUUUACAAGCCAUUGCUAACAGAUAUAUGAAAGGUUACCAAACAAUCACUAGGACUUUACAGGAUUACAGAGUAGUGCAGAGAUGAAAGAUUUUUGUAGGCCGACCCGGAAGUGAGCAUCACAAGGGCUCC